CUUGUUGGAACAACCUUGCAACAAGUCUGAUAAUAUCAACAAGCUUGUUACAAGUUGUUCACAGCUUGUUCCAAACUUGUUGACAACUUGGGACAAGCAGUGCGAACACAACUUGUUGACAGCUUGUUGGCAGACUUGCUACAAGAUGUGAGAUUUUUCCGUGAGAUGUAGAUAUCUCUAAUUCAUUGUAUUUUAUCACAGUCGAAUGUUCACAUUGAAAGAAAACAAGAGGACAAAGAAAUGGCAAUCGAAAGAAGUUUGUAUGGGUGAUAGUUCGUAUUGUAAUGGACCCGGGAUCUCGGGCGAUUACGCGACGAUGAUAUUAUCUUUUGGAGAGGAUGAAUCUGGUAUAACUUAGUGACUUUUAUUAUCCUGUAUCGUUCACUGGUUUCUUUUUAUUCUCAAAACUUUGCGAGUUUGACAGAGUCAAACUUGAAGUAUUCUGUGAAUGAGGGAAAUUAUACAGCUUAUUUCAAAAAAGGUUGUCCUUUGCAAACCUUAAACUGUAAACCUUAAACCUUAAACUCAAAGCGUGCAAAGCAUAAUGAUAGCAUCACUUAAUCAGUUUAGUAAUGGCGUCUCUAAAUAACGUUUUAUAGUGAUCCUUUAAACAAAGUUUUACCUACCUACCAUCAUAUAUGGAGCCCAUUACUUAGAGACAUGGGUGGUAAAUAUCUCCUUACGAGAACAAUUCAUUCACAAAUAGCUGCAAUAUUCAACUACUAAGUUUGAAACUUGUGCUCCCAUUAAGUUUUGUGCGCUUAGAGUUCAAGGUUUAAUGUUUAGAGUUUAAGGUUUGCAAAGGACACUUUUUUUAAAUUGGCUGUAUAAUCAAACAACUGCAUAACCGCUGUCCUAACCAACCAGAUACUGUGUUAUUUUUAGGUGAAUUAUACUUCGCGUCAACAGCAUUUACAGACAACGAGGCAAGAAAGGGAGCUGUCUAUCAACUUUUUGACCCAGAAAGGUUUGAAUUAAAAUGAUAUUUCUGUAUUUAAAAUAGGAAAAGCUGGGUUUUACUACCAUUGGCUGACCUACAUUAUUUACUGUAACCUGUUACAAUGUCUUGUUACGACCAGGGCAGGAAAAAAGAAUUUUCUUCCUGGGAGCACACUUGCAUGGAGAUAAAAAUUUCCUGCAGACCAACUGAAUAUUUUUGUGCUAAAUCCGCAUGUGCAUAAACAUAUAGUGUUCUAGCUGACAAUGGUUUUAAAUUCAAGGAAUAAUGUCUGUCAACCAUAUGUUGUUGCGCCCAUAGUGGGACAUGGGUGUUAAGGUUUCCUUCAAAUUUUCAAUAGCAAAUCUUCAUUCAAACGAAUUUCCUGCAGCUGUUUAACAUUUCCUGCGAGCAGUGUUCCCGUGCUCGCCUAUUUUGUCCACCCCUGGAGUUACGAUCCUGUAACAUCUAAGAUCUUGUUGCAUAUUGUUGCGUGGUGUUAUAAGGACAAUUCGUUUUUGUCUUUUCUAGACGUACCGAUCCAUCUCAAUGUACAUUCACCGUCAAGGAACCGGUUAGACCUGUUUGUAGUAACCGGAAAGCAAGCGGCAUUUGUGACAUAUAUAGACGUCUCGGAUUCUGCAAGAAGAGCUAUGUUAAAUAUAUGACAAGGAAUUGCAAGCUCGCUUGUGGGCUGUGUUCAUAAACUGCUGUGGCUCAUGUAUAAAAGAUGAAAACGUACCCAUAUAUAUUGAGAUUAAGUAAAAUUUGUGCUUGGAUGUUUUUGAAUAUGCUUUGGGCUUUAAAAUUGAGAGUUUUCCUGUAAAAGACUUGGACGUAAAAGUCUACAUGGUUAAACCACAAUUUGAUGUUUGAACUGUCUUAUAUCAGUAAAAAGGAAAUAAAUAAUAUUUUUUAGUAUCGAACUGUCUCUAAGCCUCAUUUUGUAUUAUUUCUUGGAAUUUGUGGUCGUUGUUAAUUUCAAGAAAUAAAUAAUAGUCAAC